AGAGGGGGGGAGCCCCUUUCCAGAGCGCGGUCCAGAGGCAAAGGCGCUUCGCGGAGGGUCUGGGCGGCGGCGAAGGGGCGGAGGCAGGCGGGUCCCACCCCGGCCGCUGUCACGGAGCGGAGCCCGGCCCCUGCUCCCUCCUCCCGUCGGCGGCAGCCCAGAGAGCUCCGCGCCUACAGCCGCUCCUGGGCUGGGAGAGAAACCCACGGGCAGGCAGGAGGCAGCGGCGGGGCUGGCCGGAGCAGGAACGCCCCGGAGACGAGGCACGGGAAGGCGGAAGGCAGCGCCAGAGCGAGCAAGCGAGCGCGCUACGGUCGGAGCCCGUCGGGCUGCCCCGCAGGCGGAGAAGCGGGCGCGGAGCGCACGGCGGCAAACUCGGAGGGCGCAGCUCGGAGUCUCCAACUUCGGGGGCGCGGGCCGCUUUCCCGGCCAGAGGGGCCGAAGGAUCCGACCCAGAAGGUCCCCCUCCCCCUCGUGGACCAUGAAGGCGGCCGUGGACCUCAAGCCCACCCUGACCAUCAUCAAGACCGAGAAGGUCGACGCCGAGAUGUUCCCUUCGCCGGAUAUGGAAUGUGCUGACGUGCCUUUGUUAACUCCAAGCAGCAAAGAAAUGAUGUCGCAGGCGCUGAAGGCCACCUUCAGUGGUUUCACGAAAGAGCAGCAGCGGCUGGGAAUCCCCAAAGACCCUCAGCAAUGGACGGAAACCCAUGUUCGGGACUGGGUGAUGUGGGCGGUGAAUGAGUUCAGCCUGAAGGGCGUGGACUUCCAGAAGUUUUGUAUGAAUGGAGCUGCUCUCUGUGCUCUGGGCAAGGACUGCUUCCUGGAGCUGGCACCGGAUUUUGUAGGAGACAUCCUCUGGGAACAUCUGGAGAUCCUGCAGAAAGAAGAGAUAAAGCCAUAUCCAGCAAACGGAGUAAACACAGCCUACCCAGAAUCCCGCUAUACAUCAGACUACUUCAUUAGUUAUGGCAUUGAGCACGCUCAGUGUGUUCCUCCCUCGGAAUUCUCUGAGCCCAGCUUCAUCACAGAGUCCUACCAGACCCUCCAUCCCAUCAGCUCCGAGGAGCUCCUGUCUCUCAAGUACGAGAACGAGUACCCCUCCUCCGUCAUCCUUCGGGACCCCGUACAGAUGGAGUCCCUGCCUACCGACUACUUCACAAUCAAGCAGGAGGUCGUAACGCCAGAUAAUAUGUGCAUGGGGCGCACCAGCCGAGGGAAACUCGGGGGCCAGGAUUCCUUUGAGAGCAUCGAGAGCUACGACAGCUGCGACCGCCUGACCCAAUCAUGGAGCAGCCAAUCUUCCUUCCAGAGUCUCCAGCGUGUCCCUUCCUAUGACAGCUUUGACUCUGAGGACUACCCAGCGGCCCUGCCCAGCCACAAGCCCAAAGGCACCUUCAAGGACUAUGUUCGAGACCGGGCGGACAUGAACAAGGACAAGCCUGUCAUUCCUGCGGCCGCCUUGGCUGGCUACACAGGUAGUGGACCGAUCCAACUGUGGCAGUUCCUGCUGGAGCUCCUCACAGACAAGUCCUGCCAGUCCUUCAUCAGCUGGACGGGCGACGGCUGGGAGUUCAAGCUCUCUGAUCCAGAUGAGGUUGCAAGGAGGUGGGGCAAGAGGAAAAACAAGCCCAAAAUGAACUACGAGAAGUUGAGUCGCGGGCUGCGUUACUACUAUGACAAGAACAUCAUCCACAAGACGGCCGGGAAGCGCUAUGUCUACCGUUUUGUGUGCGACCUGCAAAGCUUGCUGGGAUACACGCCCGAAGAGCUGCAUGCCAUGUUGGAUGUGAAGCCAGAUGCAGAUGAGUGAAGGGACCGAGCAGGCAAGAGCAGAAGUCCUUGUAGAUGGAUUCAGGGCAUCCAUCUAGGCGUUCAAUUGAACUUCUGUCAUUUUUUAUUUUUUUUACUGUCAUGGUUUUCCUUUUGAGAGAGAGAGAGAAAGAAAGAAACAAGAAUUUCCACUGGUUUUAAAGGUGGGGGAGGGGACACAUGCUUUUGGAUGAAACUGUGACAUAUUUUGGCUGGGAGGAGAAAAAAAGAUUUGAAUGUCCUUGGAGAGUUUUAUUGGGGGCUGAUAUUUUAAAAGUCAGUGGGGGAAAGAGCCUAAAAGUUAACCGCCCUGUUACAAUCGCAUGAUAAAUAAAGAACUCCUCGCCCUCCCCCUGAGGUGCCAUAAACUGACAAUCCAUAAGCUCGUAAGGUUCCAUUUUGAUUUUAAGAGUGAGGAGUGGCCUUUUGGGGUGGGUGGGGGCAGAGCAUCCUCUUCUGCAGGGAAGCCGCAUUGGUGGUCCUAAAUAAUUUUGCAUUUCAAAGAACAAGUUUGCUUCUUAAGAGGGACCAAUACCUUUUUUUAAAAAUUUGUAAAAAGAAUGUUAUUUUAUUAAAAUUUUGUGCCAGUAUUUUUCUCUAAAAUAGUCUUAAGCUCUAAGAUGGUCUCGGUAUUGCAAUAUUGUGUUGUCGUUGGUUUUUUGGGUUUUGGUUUUGUUAUGCCAGCUGCGAAUUCUAUCAGCAUUUUUUGGGUGGUGGUGGGGAAAUACAGAGGCUAUGUAAACCCCUCCAGAAACAGAAGCGUUUAACUGUUCAGUAGAAAAAUCAAGAUAUACCCUAGGAGUGGUAGGUGGGGAGAUAUUUUUGGGUGAAUGACUGUUUUGCUUUCACGCAAUGGGUCUCCCACACCUUACUCUGUUUUGCUCUUCCAUUACAAUUGGUGAAUCAGUUUUGUGUCUUUGGGAGGGGCUCUUCCGAUCAAUAAUUUUAUCUGGACUUCCCUCCACUUUCCCUAUGCCAGGCAUCCCCAAACUGCGGCCCUCCAGAUGUUUUGGCCUACAACUCCCAUGAUCCCUAGCUAACAGGACCAGUGGUCAGAGAUGAUGGGAAUUGUAGUACAAAACAUCUGGAGGGCCGAAGUUUGGGGGUGCCUGCCCUAUGCCUUUUCAAGAUAUAUUGAAGAAAGGUUUUUCUUCCAGCGUUGAACUUUAGGAUUGUUUCCAAUCCCCUAAUUGGUGGGAAGACCCAGCCCUUCAUAUCUCAUGGGUUGUUGGUUCUUCAGCUUACAGGCCCCAGUUCCUCAAAAUCUCAGGUUGUGCUUACAGUAGAAUGGGGCACUUUGUAAACAGAAUAGCUCUUACCGCGAGGGUCCCCUAACCGUUCUCAGGUUACCAGCAUGCAUGUAGGAGUAUCGUGGAGGGAUCUGCCUGCCGGACCCACUCCUGGUGUGUAGAACCUUUCCACAAAGUCAACUCCCUAAGCAUCAAGUCAGGGCCAACAGCCAUGACCUAAUUCAUAGACACCCGCACCUAUUUGCAGUUUUCAAGUAAUCUCUAAGCCAAACUAUGGCCUAGGUAGGGGGGGGGAUGUGGGCUCCUGGAAGUGGAAUGGAUGCCAUUUUGUUUCUCCUCCAGUCCUGAUGCUCUGCUGUGUGUGCAAAGCCUUGAGCUCCAAACUCAGGCAGUCCCAAAGAAGCAAAUGGGAACACUUCCUUCCUAAAAGUGGCUUUUUAAGUUCCUUUUUUUUAUUACAGAAGAAGGCAGUUGAGGUGGUGAAGCGAAAUCUACUGAUUUAUUUGCCUUCCUUGCUACUUUUUAAUGUUCAUGAUUUAGCUGAUGGGAUCCUGAUGCAAUUGAGGCAUUGUGCGUGUCUGCACCCUCUCCACCAUCCCUCCCCAACUGUGAUUUACAGUGACGACGCCUUGGUUUACAGGCCUGAAUGUAUCCUUGGCAAAGGAGCCACACCGAGCCCACCUCCCUGAGUAUAACUGCAUGGCAGACCUGAUUGUAACUACGUGUUUGUCAAAUUCACACUCAAUAAUUUUUACAUCAGCCCUUAAUGGGUCCUAGAUCCACAUCACUGCGGAAAUGUAUUGUGUGAAUUGGCCAGAGUUCCCUUUAGAACAAAACUGGAUAACUUAAAUCUGUGACCUUAAAGUGGCAAAUAGUUGAAUGUAUUUUAUUUUUUGCUUCCUGCUGAAUCAUUUCAAUCAUGCAGAGUUAAAAGAGGGGGGACUCCUGGGUCAAUGACAGGCCAGCGGAAUUUGAAGCAGAUCAAGUCUUGAGAUGAUAACGUCUCAGGUUGGGCUAUAAGAAAAAAGAGCAAACACCGUUGUUGCUGAGGUCCCUUUCUUACAAAUGUCAGAGGAGGUGGUAAAUCUGUGUCUAUUUCAAGUUGCAGGCUGCAGCUGGCAAGAUGGAAGUCAGUCCAAAACAGUUCCCUGCACACACAAAAAGGCAGACAGAAGGAAGGAGUAUAACUGUAAUUAAUUGAAAAACCAAAUUCAAGGUUGUGUCCAACUAGGUUCUACUCAGAGCACAGACCCAUCGGAAGUAAUGAACCUAAGUUAGUCAUUUUUGUUUUAUGUAUUAAAAUGUAAUUUAUGAAUCGCUUCCUAUGAGAUAUCCUGAAUUGAUAAAGAGUAGAAAGCACAUCAACAACAAAAACAUACCUAACUGCUCUGAGUAGAACAUUGGAUAGAACCACUGAAGUAGAGAUGGGGAACCUUUGGUUCUCCAGGCGCUGCUGAACUACAGCUCCUCUCAUCCCCAGAAAACAUGGCCCAAUGGCCAGGGGUGAUAGGAAUUGUAGUUCAGCAGGCAAUGGUUCCCCACAGUUGCCCCAAACAUUACAUCCCUCUCCUUAGCAUUCCAGUCUUUCAUGUGCACUGGCUGGGAUGGAGUUUAUUGGAGGAAGAACACUUGAUACUUCAUGCCUCUGACCAUUUGGCUGGGAAGAAGGAAGAGCUUCCAUGUAUUUAGCCAUGGCUGAUUGGAGAUCUGGGCUUUGAUUGGUGGGAGUUAAAGCUCAGCAUUUCUCGGGACAACAUAGGACAUAGUUUCUGAGUCAAGGAUAUCAAUGGUGGAUAUUCCUGGAAUGGGUGUAAUGAUGACUGAAUCUCCAGUUCAGCUAGAUUUGAUUCCAGUAGAGAGGAAGAAGAGCCUAAGAUGAAAGGAAAGAGGGGGUAGUGGAGGUGGGGAAAGGCUGUAUCUGUAAAGCUAAAAAAAGGGUGACUCCCUUUCUAGCAUUUAGUGCUUUUCAGCCAGGCAUUAGGGAGCCUUUGGCUGUCCAGAUGUGGCUCAACUACAGUUCCCAUCAACUCUGGGCACUGCCUGUUUGCUGGUGCUGAAUGGGAGCCAGAGUUUGGCAACAUCUGGAGGGCCAGAGGUUCCCCACCCAAGCUUUAGAUCAGAGUUUCCCAAACUUGGGUCUCCAGCUGUUGUUGGAAUUACUACUCCCAUCAUCCCUAACAAGCGGGACCAGCGGUCAGGGGUGAUGGGAAUUGUAGUCAGAAAACAGAUGGAAACCCAAGUUUGGGAAACACUGCUUUAGAUGUAGGCAAAGAGGGGAAAACACCUGUGGCCACACACCAGCCAACAGGGAGAGAGAAGAGGACAUGAAGCUAUAGGAAACAACCAGUAUUGCAGGUGAUGUUUCUGUGUCCCAGAACUACUGAAGCCUGCUCCUGUUUCUAGUUAAACAUCCAACAGGGACAGUUCCACUGGUCUGAAAAGCAUAGUCCCAAAAUGACCAAUUCACCUGGUUCACUCAGGUGUCAGCUGGAAGUUACACUACCCAUGUGAAGCUACACCAGAACCUUUGGCGUGCUUGUCCGAGAGCUUUUGAGCACUGAGUUGUCCCAUCUGUUGGGUGAACUUUGGAAACUUCUGUUUCUGUUUUCGAUUAAGCACAGCUCACCAUGUUGUCCAGACUUGACAAACUGUGGUUUAAGAUUAACUGUGGUUUGUUGAAACAAGCCAAUUACAAACCAUAUUUUAAGAAGCUGGAUUGUUUCUACAAACCACAGUUUAGGUAUCAGACUAAGCCCUUCACUGUGGUUGAACUGAAACCAAGUAGAGCCUUCUGAGCUCUUUGCAGCCACAUUCGAAGGUUGGAAAGGGGGUGGGAGUGGCUCAUCCUUGCAGUGUUCAACUGUGCCUUGCAAGUGAUUAAUUCAGUAAUCCCAGGAAAUUCAGUUCAGAAAAACAACAAAUAGCCAUUUUACAGCCCAAUGGCAUAAGUUGUUGGGUUUUCUUUGCAAAAGCAAUUCCUUCACUGGAGAGGCAGAUUAAUAAAGAGUGGGAGAAUUGCCCAGUCCAGAAUCCUGCCACUGGCCUGGAUGGAAUCUGAUGCAGCAGCUGGAGGGAAACGAAUAUGGCAAAUCCAGGGCUGGGAUAUUGUCCUCCCUUGUUCGGGGAACAAGAGAACUUUGGGUCCUGUAGGUGCAAGGCCUCUCUCUAGAUCCACCCCAACAUGCCCGUUUUUCCUCCUUCCUGACAACAGAGCACUGAUGGGGAACGAUGACCGCAGAGGUUCCUGUGGCCACAGUGAAGAGGUCUCCAUGGGUGGACCUCCUCAGUAGCCUCUAGCCCCCAGGGCACCCUCUCAGGGCCCACAGGAUUGUCUCUUUAGACAGUAUAGUAUUAUAUUGCAGCCUGCUUCCUACUUACCGUUGAAAAUUCUGAUCUGAUAUUUAAACAACUUGCUCUAACAGAUAUGCAUAGGGAACUUGGAAGACACCUUUGCCAAGGAUAGCUUUUAAUUAAUAUCUGAAAUAUAAGGACACCCAGUGCUUUUUUCUGGGGGGGGGGAGAUGCAGGGCUAUGCAUACCCCUAAACAUUUUGUAAAUCUAAGUUUGGCCUCUUUGAGGGGCAGUAUUUAAAUAUCAGUAGGAAAAUGAGAGUACUGUACCCCUAAACAUUUUUUAAGGGGGGGGAAGCGCCGAGGACACCUCUCUACAUUUUGGGUGCCUUUUGAACCUCACUGUCUUUAGAGAAUAUAUCUGUGGACCAAUCCACACAUGACAAGGUUUGGAUCGUCGGACCAGGAACCGCCGUUCAUUGUGGCUUCCUGCUGUGUGUGUCUGCAUGUUGGUAGACAUUGCUGUCUCAUUCUCACGUGGCCUAUUUCAGUGUACGUUGUUCAAAAGACCUACGCCUAAAAAGUGUUGAGUGUGGAAGCAUCUCUCUGUGGCGCUGUGUUGAUGCGCCAAUGUGCCUCUUCCUGCAAUCAUGUGCCUGGAGAUUCACCUCCUUCCUUCCUUCCUCCCUUGCUUCCUUCCUCCCUCUGUUCUGUUUCUGACGGGGUCUCCGUAGCGCCAGUGAACUGUGCACUCCAUUCCAAAGAAGUUUGAAUAGAUGAUAACUGAUGUAUACAUAUAUGUUUAUGACAGAAAUAUCUCCAGGAAUUAACUGCCUCAGUGAAACAAGUUAUUAUUUGAGAAGAAGAAAAUGUAUGUUGUUUGUACAAUUAUUAUUUUUUGGUCUUUGUUUUUAUACCUGGUUUUUGUUUUGUUUGUUUGUUUAAGCUGAUAAUUUUAGAAGAAGAAAAAGAUUGUUAUAUUAUGCUGUUCAACUAUUUUCCAACUUGUAUUUUCAUAUAAUUUAUAUUUUAUAGAACUGAAAGGGGGGGGAAAUAAAACCUUAAAAAGCAAGAUUUUUUUUAAUUAAAAAAAAGGAGAAAAAAAAGCAGGUGCUUUUUAGGAAAAAGAAUACCAAACUCAUCUGAGGUAGCUUAGAGAUGUAGCGAUGUCUGUAUGUGUGUGUGGGUGUUUUUUAAAAAAGAAUUCCAAAAUGCAACUCCCUCCCACACUGAAGACUUAAUAGGGAGUGGAGUUGGUUUUGUUUUAAUUGCUGAUGCUGGCACAUCAUUCUUCUGGAGAGUCUUUUAUAUACUGUAGCCUUAUUUCAUAUUGUAUUUUAAACCAUUUGAAAUUUUAAAAAAAUAAAUAAAUCACAAAGCUAUCCCCUGGCCUGGUCAUGGUUGUCUGCUUGGCCUUGUCUUUCCCUGAAGACCACAGGUCACAUCGGGGUGGGAAGAGAAACACGUACAGAGUGCCAAAAGGCACAUAGACAACCUGCUUAUGGAGCAGUCAUCCCCACUUGCUUGCACGGAACUUACAUAGAUGUUUGAUUAUAUCCAGUCUGUGUUCAACAUUCAUUCAGUAAGGUAAGUAAAAGCCAUGUCGGAUCAGGAUCCUGUUCUUGCAAGAGCCAACCAGGUGCCCCAAUGGGAAAUCCACAAGCAGGAGCCGAGCCCAAGUGCCCCCUCUCUUCUGCAGCUUCCAGCAACUGGUAUUUAGAAGCAUUGCUGCCUCUGCGCACCAUUGUCUCUCGAGACAGAUGGAUACCAAGGACAAAAAUAGCUGCCUCCAGCUGCGGAAGCAGAGCACAGCCUCCAUCAUGACUGGUAGCCAAAGACAGCCCUCCAUGAAUUCGUCUAACCCUAUUUUAAAACCAAAUUGGCAACCAUCACAACCUCCAGUGGGAGUGAGUUCCAUAGUUUAACUAUGCACCAGGUGAAGAUGUUCUGUCUUGAUCUGUCCCAAAUGUUUCUUCUUAAACCACUUAAGAGGUUUAAUUAUUUUAUUGUUGUUGCUGUUGUUUAUUAAAUUUUUGGGUCACUUUUUCUUGCCAA